AUGUUGACCGCCUUCAUAGGUGAAGAAAAAUGGAAGUUUGAGAAGGCCAGGCAGCUGAAGAAAGCUCAAUACAAGAAGGAGUGCUUUCUGAAGAAGGACGUUGUCAAAAUGACAACUGAUGAACUUGUACGUGCACAAGCUGAGAUCAAAGGACUCAAUGAUGAAUUCCAAGCCUACCAUGCAGAUUGUCUUGGAGCCAAAGUCAGAUUUGUGAAAAUGGCUGGAACAUUCACUUCAAAUGUUGUUGCCUCAUCGCAACAUGAAUCUCCUCAGGCUGUAGCCUCUGCUCAGCCUACUGAAGAACAUGUCAGCACCACUGAUGACUAUCAGGCUGCUAAUGAAUCUGAAAGUACCAGGGUUGAUGAAGCUAUUCCAGCCGCUGAUGAAAUUGCCAGGGCAACCACUAGUGUUGCGCGUGAAGAAAUUGCCAGGCCAGCUGAAGCAUCUGUCGCUGCGCCUGAACAAACUGAACAAACCAGGGCAACUGCAUCACUUGCGCCUGAGGAAAAUGAACCGAUUUCCUCUGCUCCUCCUGCAGCAACACCAAUUCCCAUUCUUCAUUCUGCAUCAGAGGCGAAGAAAACCAAAGCUACGGAGCGAGCAGCAGUGAAGAAAAGGAAAGCAUCUGCUCCCUCAGAGUCUUCAGCACCAAAGAAGACGAAGACUUUGACAAGCUCUUUUGAGAAUCCCAUUGAUGCUAUUCAUGUUUCAAGCAUGCCAUCAAUGGAAAUCAUUCCCUUCGAAAUUCCAGCCACUAGUGCUGAUGCUCAUGCUGCUGAAGAAGCAGAGAUCCAGGCUGCCACUGAGAAUGUUGACACUGAAAUUCCUCAGCCUGCGGCUCCUGAUACUGUGAUUCCUAAGACUGUGAAGGACGCUCCAUUCAUGCUGGUGUCUACAUGUAUUUACUUGGAAGACACAAAGUUUGGUCACCCAUGGAAGUUGGUUGUGCCUAUUGGGUCCAGAGGCACAUAUGAUGUUCCAGAAAAUUUUGAUGGUCAGCAAGACGCGGCUGUUCAAGCCUAUCAAGAAGACGCCCAUUCUUCACCACAUCGUUUUGUUGCGGAUGUUGAGGAUGAAGUUGAGGAUCAUGAAGCUGCCGGAGAUGUUGAGGAGGAAGAGGAGGAAGAAGAUGUUGUACCAAAUGUUCACCGCAAAAGAGAUGAAGCAUUAGGGGUUUCAGUUCCUGCUAGUGUCGUGGAAGAAAUUUGCCGUAAAUUUGAGCAGGGCAAGGACGACUAUGAUAUGAGUGAGGAUGAACUGGUCGACGAGGAGGAAAUACAUCCAGAUGAGAUGAACAUUGAUCUUGAUUAA